AUGCAGAUCCCGUUCCCGCAGCCCAUAAACACCACGUCUCCAAUAUCCGUCGUGUUUCGCCAACGACAGCCUGGCUCAUGCAAGCCAAUUGCUAAUAUGUCCUUCCUACCACGAUUAAAAUUGCCUGGUGCAUUGAGUCUCGUUCAUAAGUAUUGUCUGAUCACGAGUUUACUAUUCUGGCAGACUACGAUAGCGGGGAAGGACGAUUAUGGUGGUGGAUAUAGCUAUGGACAAGCUAUUCCGGUAACUUGUCUCAAUCGGUCGAUCGAAACAGGAGACCAUGUCGAAGACACCCUAGGUAAACUCCAAUACAUACCCUUUCCGACCUGCAACGAGACCGGUCUUCCCCUAUCACUACGCUAUGGCAUCUCGGAAACCGUCACCUGCACGAUCGCCUCAUUACCGGAUACCAUGUACCAUCUCCUGGAAUACUACGUCCACUCUGAUGUGCCGUUGAGUUGUCACAUACCCACCGUGCCUCUUAGGGGAUUCUCUGAACAGAAACAGAAGCAGGAAGAGGAUGAGGAUGAAAGGAAGGAGUCAGACGGCGGCAAUAAUGACAAUAAUAAUAGUGUCUUCAGCGGCGAACAACCCUAUACACCCCUUACGAUCGCCGUGCAGGGAACCCUCCAGAAAAGCCACCUGCAUAUCUGGACCGAUAUGAAUCUCAUUAUGCAUAGUAUUGCGUCUACUCCACAGAAGAAUAAGAAGAAGAGGAAUACAAGGGCAGCGCCGGGGUAUGCCGUUGCGGGGACGGCGUAUUCAUUACCUGAGUACGACGGGGAGGGUGCACAAUCACAAUCAAAAUCGCCGUCGUCGUCUGAUGACAAGACCCCGAAGCCCAUCGACGAAAAAGCAGUCAUCAAGGCAGCCAGGGACCCAUGGACAUCCGGACAUGGCACGAAAGUAAUCCGCGGGGAGCCCCUAACGUUUACAUUCCAUGUUGGCUGGAUUGAAGGCGCGGCGGGGAUUCGGUGGCCUUCUUCUUCUUCUUCUUCUUCUUCGCCAUUAGCAUUGUCAUCUUCUACGCAAGAUUAUGCGUCAUCAUCUUUUAUCUCGAGAUUGGUCUUUUUUGUCCUCGCUGCUGGGGCGGGGGCUUUGGCGGCUGUUUACUGGGAGCGGUAUCGGAAUACUAUCGUCUCAUACGGGAGUAGGAGGCGUGGAGGGAAACGCGGGGAUGGGAUUCUGGGUGUUAGUGUUGGCACUCCGGCUGCUUCUGGGAUUUCGUAUGGUGGUGGCGCUGGUGGUAACGCAGGUGGUAAUGGGUAUGGAUAUGGGUAUGGGGGAUAUAGUGCAUCUCGGGAUGCUGGAGGGUUUGCGAGUGGGAAGAGGGAUUGAAAGUUUUUGUGGAGUUUGUGUGAAUACUUGAGUUUUCAUGGACAAUGAUCCUUGGUCAAUAUAUUGUACAGAUACUCGAGAACAGAACACUUCAAACGGAGAAUAGACAUAUCGAGAGAAACGGUCUAUAUCUCCCAAUGCAUGCUCAACCUUCUAACCAAAAGAAGAAAAGAAAGAUCUACCACCCCUGAGCCCUCAUCUUCUGAAUCUUCGACACAGUCUCCUUAAAUGAAAACUUGAACAACCGCCUCCACCUCUGCAUUCUCAGAUUCUUCUGCAUCUGACCCCUCCUCACAUGAAACCUCUGCGCAUUUGCCUGACUCCGCACUUGAUUCUUCGCACAAUUGAUAUUCAAAUUCCUCAACGCAGCCGCAAGAUCCACGCCCCGAAUCGGAUCAACAUGCACCUGCCUCCCCAGCUCGGGACCUAAUUUCAGAUCCACCCGAGGAAGCGCAGUGGCAUGCUGAGUCGGCAGUGGGAGAUGGGAGCGAUUACUAUUAAUGCUCGACACUGUGUUCGUGCCAACGGUCUUGGAGAGCUCCAUGGGGUUAACGAAGACACGCUGAGGGGUGAUCGGUUUCCGGGCAAUGGCGGCGCGUUCACCUUCUUCUUGCCGUGCUCGUCGGAUGGUUUUCGAUGUUUCCCGGAUGUUGCUUAGAUCCAGGCUGCGGAGGAUUGCGUCGGCAUCGGAGGAGAUGGAGAAUCUGCUGUUCUUUAGUUCAGAGGUGUUUGAGUUCGCAUCUGCGUCCGCGUUGGCGUUGGAGUUGGAGUUGGAAUCGGGUUUGGCAUUUGACUUGGGCUUGGAUUUAGAUUUGGGGGUUCCACGGAGAGACGAGAGUAGUUCUUCGGUUGAAGGGAUUCCAGUUGAGUCAUUCGAGUCAGAUGAAGCGUAGCAUCGCUGGGAGAGGGCCAUGAAGCGGUUAUUGGGGCGUGUUGACCGGAGCAUCGGCCUUGAGGAUGCUCGAAGGCAUUGUGCUAGGGUGCGCACUUCCAUUGAGGUGGCCACGGGACGAUAUACAGACAAAUACCAAUUGAAUUGAGCAGUAUCAGAAAUAUUCAGGGAAUCAAAAUACCCCCUUCCCUUUCCCUUUUGAUCGAGCGCUGGAAAGGGCG